UUAACCCUGUAUUUCCUCAAGAUGAAGACUGUGCUGUUGGCACUCGCUAUCUUCGGUCUUGCGGCCGUGGGUCUACCCACAGCGCAAUCACUUCGCUACACGGCCUACAAAACUAAGGUGUCCUUUUUCGAAGCCUGGCAGCAGUGUUUAGCGAAGGGAGGCAGUCUAGCAUCGAUCGAGCUGGCCAGGCAGAAAGAAGUGGUGGUCGCAGCAAUGAAGAAGGCCGGUGCCUCCGAUGGAUGGUGGAUCUCGGGCACCUACGUUGGUCUCGAAGGGUCGUGGAUCUGGCUGUCAAACAACAAGCCAGUGGGAAGCAUCAAAGGCUUUGUUAACUUCGCCCCUGGAGAACCCAACCAUUUGAGCACCAAUGGUGAAAACUGUCUCAUCACGUACAACGACGGAACAUGGAAUGAUGUGGAUUGUGGUAAAACAUACUAUUACAUAUGUCAAUCCCACUCAACCUAACCUGGAUUUAUACGAGUUCAAUAA